GACAACGAUAGAUAUAUUUGAUUUUUGGCAAGCAAGAACAAUCAUGUCUGCGGUUGAUGGAAUUGUUAGCUUUUUCGUCUGCAUGGAUGAAGAGUGUGAGAGGAUGCGCGAGAUAGAGGCGGAAGGAUACACAACCUGCGCGGAGAAAGAAGAACAGGGGAAGGAGAAGACUAAAGAUAAAUGCGGACAUGAAGAGUGGGAGGUUAUUAUGAGUGUGGAUAUUCCCAACAGAGAAAAUAUUUUAUUGGUACCAAGCUCCUGUAGCUCUGAGUUCAUGAAGUUUACUCACGAUAGUUCGCUUCUUCACGCGGCUUAGAUCACUUUCAGAUUCAUGGAGUUUACGAACGACUUUUUGGGAGUGAAGUGGAUACA